UUGUUCCUCGGCUAGCUAGGGUUUUCGCAGGGAAUUUCCAAGCACAAUUGAGAGUUUCUAAUUGGCUGCACCUGCCUGAAUUUCCAGGGGGUAUGGUUUAGUUUUCGUCAAAUAGACAGGUAAUUGCUCCAAAUAAAAAUUCGUAGGGUUUUUUCAAAUUGGGGAUUUUUUGCGAUUCUCCUUAAGCUGGUGGAAGCGUGAAGAAUCCGGGGUUCUGAAUUGGGGUUUUCUCAGUUCGUCAGCUGAUUGAAUAAAACCUGCGAUCUUGCCUUCACGAGGUUCAAUCAACGUUAAAGAUAGAUGCCUCGGAUUAUUCGAUCCACGACAUUGUGAUUGCCGCUCGGUAGCGAGCGAGUUGACAAAUCGAGGGGUGGGUGGGUCUUUGUAUGGAAACUCGGAGCCGGAAGCGGGCGGAGGCUUCCUCAGCUGCCCCUUCAUCGUCGUCAUCCGGUCCUACCACCCGUUCCAGCAAGCGCGCUCGUCUUUCUGCUGCUGCUUCUUCUUCUUCGAACCCCACCGCUACAGUUCAUUCAGUUUUGACUCGUUCUCGUGCAUCUCGGGGUCGUGAAGUGUUACCGCCUAACAACUCUGCUCCGAUGGACUCGACCAAUGAACCAUCCGGGUCACGCCGUGAUCGCCGUGGGAAGAAUAUAGACAGGGACAAUUCGGAUAAAGGGGAGGAAAAAGAGCAUGAUGUUAGAAUUAGGGAUAGAGAAAGGGACGCCGAGAGGAGCUUAGGAUUGAACAUUGAAAGUGGAGGGGCUGGGGACGACGAUGAUAACGACAGUGAAGGGGGUGUUGGAAUUUUGCAUCAGAACUUGACCUCCGCGAGCAGUGCACUUCAAGGGCUUCUUCGUAAACUCGGUGCCGGUCUAGAUGAUCUGCUUCCGGCAUCAGCGAUUGGUUCUGCAUCAACGUCCCACCAGAGUGGCAGGUUGAAGAAAAUUCUUUCUGGCUUGCGGGCCGAUGGGGAAGAAGGUCGGCAGGUUGAGGCACUGACUCAGUUAUGCGAAAUGCUUUCCAUUGGGACCGAAGAAUCACUUAGUACAUUUUCUGUCGAUUCUUUUGUACCUGUGCUCGUGGGGUUGCUUAACCAUGAGAGCAAUCCUGAUAUCAUGCUUCUAGCAGCCAGGGCGCUAACCCAUCUCUGUGACGUGCUCCCUUCAUCUUGUGCCGCCGUUGUGCAUUAUGGUGCAGUGUCAUGCUUCUGCGCAAGAUUGCUUACCAUAGAAUAUAUGGACCUAGCUGAGCAGUCUCUUCAAGCUCUGAAGAAGAUAUCUCAAGAGCACCCAACUGCCUGCCUAAGAGCCGGUGCUCUUAUGGCUGUGCUUUCUUAUUUGGACUUCUUCUCAACCGGUGUUCAGCGGGUGGCAUUAUCUACUGCUGCAAAUAUGUGUAAGAAGCUUCCUUCUGAUGCAGCUGACUUUGUAAUGGAAGCUGUGCCACUUUUGACAAAUCUCCUUCAGUAUCAUGAUUCCAAGGUUCUGGACCAUGCCUCUGUUUGUUUGACUAGAAUUGCUGAAGCAUUUGCAUCAUCUCCAGACAAAUUAGAUGAAUUAUGCAAUCAUGGAUUGGUAACACAAGCUGCCUCCCUUAUUUCCACCAGCAGUUCUGGUGGUGGACAGGCUUCUCUCACCACAUCUACUUAUACUGGUUUAAUCCGACUUCUCUCCACCUGUGCAAGUGGUUCUCCUCUUGGAGCAAAAACAUUGCUUCUCCUUGGUAUAAGUGGCAUACUUAAAGAUAUAUUAUCUGGUUCUGGAGCAUCCGCUAAUUCCUCUGUUUCACCUGCGCUGAGUAGGCCACCAGAGCAGAUAUUUGAGAUUGUGAACCUGGCCAAUGAGCUGCUGCCCCCAUUGCCACAAGGAACUAUCUCUCUUCCAGUUAGCUCCAACUUGUUUGUGAAAGGUUCUGUUGUGAAAAAGUCUCCUGUUAGUAGUUCUGGUAAACAUGAAGAUGCAAAUGGAAAUGUGCCUGAGACGUCAGCUCGAGAGAAAUUGUUAAAUGAUCAGCCAGAGCUACUUCAACAAUUUGGGGUGGAUCUUCUCCCAGUUUUGAUACAGAUAUAUGGCUCGAGCGUCAAUGGCCCUGUUCGGCAUAAAUGUCUUUCUGUAAUUGGAAAACUGAUGUAUUUUAGCACAGCAGAGAUGAUCCAGUCGUUGUUGAGCGUGAUGAACAUAUCAAGUUUUUUAGCUGGUGUCUUGGCAUGGAAAGAUCCACUUGUUCUGGUUCCUGCAUUGCAAAUUGCGGAAGUUCUUAUGGAAAAGCUUCCUGGGACAUUCUCUAAGAUGUUUGUUAGAGAAGGCGUUGUCCAUGCAGUGGACCAACUUAUUGUAGCCGGCAAUUCUACUAAUGCCUCUACCCAGCCAUCUUCUGAUAACAACAAUGAUGCAGUAUCUGGUCCGACAUCUCGCUCUAGACGUAAUCGUCGACGUGGUGGUAGUUCAAACCCAGAUGGAAAUCCUUCAGAUGAUGUGAAAAGUUCUGUCUCAGUAAAUGUAGGUUUUCCUCCAAGUUCAGUGGAAAUUCCUACGGUUAAUGCUACUCUUCGAACGUCUGUAAGCUCAGCUGCUAAAGCAUUCAAAGACAAAUACUUUCCUUCAGAUCCUGGGGCUGUUGAAGCAGGUGUUACCGAUGAUCUUUUGCAUCUGAAAAAUCUUUGCAUGAAGUUAAAUGGUAGUGUUGGUGACCAAAAGUUUAAAGCAAAGGGAAAAUCCAAAGCUUCUGCAUCCGGUUUGGAAGAUAACUCUACAAUUAAUGAAGAGUAUUUGAUGGGGGUCAUAUCUGACAUGCUAAAGGAACUUGGCAAAGGAGAUGGUGUAUCUACGUUUGAAUUUAUUGGCAGUGGUGUUGUUGCAGCUCUGCUGAAUUACUUUUCUUGUGGGCACUUCUCUAAAGAUCAAAUCUCGGAAAAUAACCUGCCUAGUCUUCGCCAACAAGCACUUAAAAGAUUCAAGUCAUUUGUAGCUGUUGCUUUACCCUCUGGCACUGAUGAGGGGGCUAUAAUUCCCAUGACUGUCUUGGUUCAAAAGCUACAAAACGCUCUGUCCUCUUUGGAGCGUUUUCCAGUUGUGCUGAGCCAUUCAUCUAGGUCAUCUAGUGGAAGUGCACGUCUCUCCUCUGGACUAAGUGCAUUGUCUCACCCCUUCAAGUUGCGUCUUUGUCGUGCACAGGGUGAAAAGACACUUAGGGAUUAUUCAUCCAAUGUUGUAUUAAUUGAUCCAUUAGCAAGUUUAGCAGCUAUUGAAGAAUUUCUUUGGCCUCGUAUCCAGCGUAGUGAAUCUGGUCAGAAGUCUACCAUGCCAGCUGGAAAUUCUGAAUCUGGUACAACUGCUGGAGCUAGUGGUUCAUCUCCUCCUACUUCGACUCCUUCCACUACACGUCGUCAUUCAACCAGAUCCAGAGCAGCUGUUAAUAUAGGUGAUACACCCAGAAAGGAGACAUCUCAAGAAAAAAGCACGAGCUCAUCUAAGGACAAAGGAAAAGCUGUAUUGAAGCCUGCGCAGGAGGAGGCCAGAGGAGCCCAAACAAGAAAUGCUGCUCGCAGAGCUGCUCUGAAUAAAGAAGCUCAGAUGAAGUCUGUAAAUGGUGACUCGACUUCUGAGGAUGAAGAAUUGGAUAUAUCUCCUGUUGAAAUUGAUGAGGCAUUGGUGAUUGAGGAUGAUGAUAUCUCAGAUGAUGACCAUGACGAUGUCCUAAGAGAUGAUUCUCUUCCUGUGUGCCUGCCUGAUAAGGUACAAGAUGUUAGAUUGGGUGACUCAGGUGAGGAGGGUGCUGUUGCCCCUGCAACAAGUGAUAGCCAGACUAAUGCAGCAUCAGGUUCUAGCAGCAAGGCUGGUACAUUCAAGGGUUUAGACUCUGCUGAUAUUAGGAGUGUCAACUCUUCUAGCACAAGGGGUGCCAUGUCAUUUGCUGCUGCUGCCAUGGCUGGACUUGGAUCUGCUAAUAGCCGAGGUAUUCGAGGUGGCAGAGAUCGGCACGGACGACCAGUGUUUGGCAGUUAUAAUGAACCUCAAAAGUUGAUAUUUACUGCUGGCGGGAAGCAGCUUACUAGGCAUUUGACUAUAUAUCAAGCAAUUCAAAGACAACUUGUGCUAGAUGAAGAUGAUGAUGAGAGGUUUGCUGGCAGUGAAUAUGUGUCGACUGAUGGGGGCAGGCUGUGGGGUGAUGUUUACACUAUCACUUAUCAGAGGGCAGACAGCCAAACAGAUAGAUCCUCAACUGGAGGAUCAAGCUCAACUGCUUCAAAAUCUACAAAAUCUGGAUCUGCAUCAAAUUCUAAUUCUGAAGCCAAGCUGCAUCAGACAACUAUUUUAGACAGUAUAUUGCAGGCAGAACUGCCAUGUGACCUGGAAAAAUCUAAUCCUACAUACAAUAUAUUGGCACUAUUGCGGAUGUUGGAGGGUUUGAACCAGCUUGCACCCCGUUUGCGGGUCCAGAUGCUUACUGAUAGCUUUGCUGAGGGGAAAAUCUUGGAUUUGAAUGAGCUGGUUGUGACCACCAGUUCUAAGGUGCCACCAGAGGAAUUCAUAAGCAGCAAGCUUACUCCAAAAUUGGCUAGGCAAAUACAAGAUGCUCUUGCUUUAUGUAGUGGGAGUCUUCCAUCAUGGUGUUACCAACUCACUAAAGCUUGCCCCUUCUUGUUUCCUUUUGAGACCCGACGGCAGUACUUCUAUUCAACUGCCUUUGGUUUAUCUCGUGCGCUGUAUCGUCUUCAGCAGCAGCAGGGUGCUGAUGGUCAUGGAUCAACAAAUGAAAGAGAGGUAAGGGUUGGAAGAUUGCAGCGACAGAAGGUCCGUGUUUCUAGGAACCGCAUAUUGGAUUCUGCUGCUAAGGUAAUGGAGAUGUACUCGAGCCAAAAGGCUGUACUUGAAGUAGAGUAUUUUGGUGAAGUUGGCACUGGAUUGGGACCCACCCUUGAGUUCUAUACGCUAUUAAGUCAUGACCUGCAAAAAGCUGAGCUACAAAUGUGGAGAUCAUAUUCAUUGGAGAAGCAAUCCAUGGACAUUGAUGGAGAUGAACAAAAAAUAAAAAACAAUGAUGGUGUUGGGCGUACUUCUGCUGGUGCAGAGCUAGUCCAAGCUCCUCUUGGGUUGUUUCCUAGGCCUUGGGCGCCAAACACUGAUGCAUCAGAAGGUAGCCGGUUUUCUAAAGUAAUUGAGUAUUUCCGGCUGGUUGGCCGUGUAAUGGCUAAAGCUCUUCAAGAUGGACGUUUAUUGGAUCUACCUUUUUCCGCAGCAUUUUAUAAACUUGUUCUUGGUCAGGAGCUUGAUUUGCAUGACAUUCUUUCCAUGGAUGCUGAGCUUGGAAAGACUUUGCUUGAGUUGAAUGCCCUUGUUUGCCGAAAACAUUAUCUAGAAUCUAUUGGUGGUGACCCUGGUGAUACAAUUGCUAACCUUCGUUUCCGUGGGGCCCCAAUUGAAGACCUCUGCUUGGAUUUUACACUUCCCGGUUACCCAGAGUACAUCUUGAAACCAGGAGAUGAAAUUGUUAAUAUCAAUAAUUUGGAGGAGUAUAUAUCCUUGGUGGCUGAUGCAACUCUCAAGACUGGGAUCAUGCAUCAAAUGGAAGCAUUCAGAGCGGGGUUUAAUCAGGUUUUUGACAUCUCAUCCUUGCAAAUUUUUACUCCCCAAGAACUGGACUAUUUGCUUUGUGGUCGUAGAGAGUUGUGGGAGGUUGAGACCCUUGCUGAUCAUAUAAAAUUUGACCAUGGAUACACCGCAAAGAGCCCUGCCAUAGUUAAUUUACUUGAAAUUAUGGGAGAGUUUACACCUGAGCAGCAACGUGCCUUCUGUCAGUUUGUUACCGGAGCACCUAGGCUUCCACCUGGUGGGCUUGCAGUGCUGAAUCCAAAGCUGACAAUUGUGAGAAAGCUGUCGUCAACUGUGGCUAAUGCUGCGAUUAAUGGGAAUGGACCUUCAGAAUCUGCAGAUGAUGACUUGCCCAGUGUUAUGACAUGUGCUAAUUACCUGAAGCUUCCUCCUUAUUCUACAAAGGAAAUUAUGUACAAGAAGCUACUCUAUGCAAUCAGUGAAGGCCAAGGAUCUUUUGAUUUGUCCUGAUUUUCUGGAACUAAUCAAAUGAUCCUGUAUGUUAAUAUAUGGUGAAUCAGGGUUUACUCUGAAGGCUAAUUCUUUUUUGUUUUUAUGCACCGCCAUCCUUGCUUCUCAAAUAAGGGCCUUGUUGCUUCCAAGGUUGUGGCAGAUUUCAGUUGAAUUUUGCUGAGGUUUGAUUGCCACAUUUUCAAGAUGUAAAGGAGUUUGCCGAGCACUCAUCACCUGUUAGAAUCUGUGCAUAAAGUAGGAAUGUUGAGAUUUUGACCCUUGUUUCUUUCUUUUCUUUUUUUUCCGGUUUUUUUUUUUUCCCCUCCAUCAUUCUGUUCCUAAUCAAAUCAUUCAUAGUUAGAAUAUACAUGUAUGGAAUGAGAUGCAAUAGGCAAGAGAAAUAAUUCGAGAUACUGUGCUUUUUAAUUUCCUCAUACUUUACCUGUUAUGUGGAGCAGGGAAUAUUAUGCCGAUGUCCUUUUUUCUUCAUUAAAUAUUAUGCCAAUGCCAACCCCUCUGAAUUAUGAAGUUUUGGCAGUC